UUCGUCAACAUGUUAAGUGUCACGCUUAUCUUGCUACUGUUUGAGUUAACAUUUGCUAAAACUGGUUUCGGGCCCGGAGAACAAGACUGGGGUUACGCAACUGUAAGAGAAAAAGGUCAUAUAUUUUGGUGGUUAUACUACACCACAGCAAAUGUAAGUCAUCCAACAGAAAGACCCUUAAUAAUUUGGUUACAAGGAGGACCUGGGGGAUCAUCCACAGCAAUAGGAAAUUUUGUAGAACUGGGUCCCCUGGAUAAAGACUUAAAUGUGAGAAAUACAACAUGGGUUCAGCAUGCUAAUGUGUUAUUCGUUGACAAUCCUGUUGGAACAGGUUUUAGCUAUUUAGAUAAUGGUGGUGUAUUUGCCCAAAACAAUACUGAAAUUGCUCGAGAUUUUAUGGAUUUUCUAAUACAAUUUUAUAACAAACUACCAAGUUUUAGAACAGUUCCACUGUAUAUAUUUGGCGAAUCGUAUGGAGGAAAAAUGACCGUGGAAAUUGCUGUGGAAUUAGACAAAGCAAUUAAAGAAAAGCAGAUUCAAGCAAAUUUUAAAGGUAUUGCAUUAGGAGACUCGUGGAUUGCACCUAUGGAUUAUGUCUUUACAUGGGCUCCAUAUUUAUUUAACUUGGGACUAAUAGAUGAGAAGGGCAUUGACCAAAUUAAUAGUAUUGCCCUAAAAGUUCAAAAAAGUUACGAAGAUGGGGACUAUAAUAUAUCAACAGACUAUUGGGCACUCGCUGAAUUACAAAUAGUUAACGACACGGGUAAUGUGGACUUCUACAAUGUCCUUAAAAAGAUUAGCACGGAUCCUAAUUUUGUUAAUGAAGAUUUAGAUUAUAGCUACCUUAAUAAAAUACUAGAUGAAGUAAAAAAAUCCUUAAAACUUAAAACAAAAGGAGUGGCAGAGUCAAGUACAGUCUUUGAAGCCCUUUCUAAUGAUUUCAUGAAACCCGUUACUGAUUUGGUGGAGAAGCUUCUUAAUUCAACAAACAUUACUGUUACAGUAUAUAAUGGACAACUGGAUUUAAUAACUGAUACACCAGGAACUUUAAAAUGGAUUAAAAAUAUCUCUUUCAAAGAUAAAGACAUGUGGGAAAAAUCAGAAAGAAAACCGUUUGUUGUGAAUGGCAUUAUAGAAGGGUUUGUUAAGAAAUAUCGAAACUUUGGACUCUACUGGGUUAAUAGAGCUGGUCACAUGGUACAAAAAGACAAUCCAUCUGCAAUGCACUACAUACUCAAAUGUGUAACAAACAAUUUCCUGGUUUAGUUUAUUUGUAAAGUUUUUGUUAAAUUAAAUAACAUCCACAAAGUGUAAAAAAUAAACCAGAGAAAAAAUAAAUUAUUUACGGUAA